AUCCUAAAUUAGCUGUGUCUUAGGUAGAGACAAGGCUUAACAACCCUGGCACUAGGCAUGGUUACUCAGUAAGGCAUUGAAGGCAGGAUUUGAUCAGGCACCAUGGCAGAGCCAGAGAGCCUAGAAGUGAUGGUGAAAACCUUGGACUCUCAGACAAGGACCUUCACAGUUGAAGAAGAGAUUACUGUGAAGGAAUUCAAGGAACAUAUUGCGAGUUCAGUCAACAUCCCUGCAGAGAAGCAGCGCCUCAUCUACCAAGGAAGAGUCCUGCAAGAUGAUAAGAAAUUGAAAGAAUACAAUGUCGGAGGCAAAGUCAUCCACUUGGUGGAACGCGCACCUCCCCAGACACAGUCACCUUCCUCAGGGGGUCCAUCUGGAGCUGGCUCGUCUUCCGUCCCUCACAAUGGUGCCGGCCCCCGGGGGACAGGCCCCACUGUCCACGACCGCAAUGCCAACAGCUACGUCAUGGUGGGAACCUUCAACUUACCAGUAAGCAUUAUGGAUCCUCAGCCACCCACACAAAGCGAUGGAUCGUCUGUGGAUGUUCAUAUAAAUAUGGACCAGGCUCCCAUACAGAGCGAGCCCCGCAUCCGUCUUGUGAUGGCCCAGCAUAUGUUAAGGGAUGUCCAGGGCAUCCUCAACCGACUGGAGGGUCGCACCAAUGGCCAGGCCCCCUCAGGAUCUGAAGAGAUGCCGUCUGCUAGCCCCACUGAACAGGAGCCAAUGGAAGGGGCUGAAUCCGAGCCUUCCAGUGAGCCCACGGCAGCAGAGGAAACGCCUCCAUCUGGAACUGAGCCGCCCCCUGCGCCUGAUGCUGCUACACCUAACCAUCCUUCACCAAGUGAGUAUGUGGAAGUACUGGGAGAGCUCCGAGGGGUUGAGAACCGGCUCCAGCCCUUCCUGCAGAGAUAUGAAGAGAUCCUGGGGACUGCAGGCUCGGCCGACUAUAACAACAAUAUUGAAGGCCGUGAAGAAGACCAGCGAAUUAUCAACCUGGUAGGGGAGUCACUGCGCUUGCUGGGUAACACCUUUGUGACGCUCUCUGAUCUGCGCUGCAACCUCUCCUGCAAUGCCCCCCGUCACCUCCAUGUGGUACGGCCCAUGUCCCAUUACACAGCCCCUAUGGUGCUCCAGCAGGCUGCCAUCCCUAUCCAGAUUAAUGUUGGCACGACAGUCACCAUGACAGGCAAUGGCUCUCGAGGUGCUCCACCUAGCUCAGAAGGGUCCACGGCAUCCCAGACCUCUCCUCCUGCUCAGCCGGGCACUUCCACUCCUCCAGAUGCUGGCCGUCCGACUGAGGGGUCUCCCCCUGCGGCCUCUUCCCCUGGGGCCACCCCUACGCAGACACAGGCCUCCCAGACAGGCCACCCCCGGGUGAUCCGUAUCUCGCACCAGACUGUGGAACCCGUAGUUAUGAUGCAUAUGAAUAUACAGGAUUCUAGCUCCCCAAUGGGAGGGAGCGGAUCUGGUGGAGCACCGUCUGCAGGAACUCCUGGGCCAAUUGGGCAUACUCCAGGAAUGGGUGGUGCUGCUCACAUGCCUCUCCCCAGCCUCCCUCCAGAGUUCAUGCAGGCUGUGGCCCAUCAAAUAACACAGCAAGCCAUGGCAGCUGCCGCCUCAGCUGCUGCAGGCCAGCAAGUCCCGAGCUUCCAGUCAGCACCCACGCGUGUCAUGAUUGCCAGACCCUCAGCACCUUCUGUGCGUCCCACUCACCCGGGGUCACCCCAGGCACCAGGACAAGGGGGUCCCAGCAUAGGUGGAAACGCUUCACUGGCCCAGAUGAUCAGUGGCCUGGUGGGACAACUCCUCAUGCAGCCGGUCAUUGUGGCGCAGGGCAGUGGAACACCCUCGUCGGCUCCUCCUUCCGUCAACACACAAGCUACCUUUAGUACCAGCAAUUCUGCCUCCCCUCCAACUGCCUCGGCCAGCGCUGGUACAACCAACACCGCCACCACUGCAGCUGGAGGCAGCUCCGCCGGUGCCCCAGGAGGGCCCAUCCCGUCCGGCCAGCCUCCUUCAGCAGGCGCCGAACUCCAGUUGUCUCAGUUAUCCCAGCUGCUGGGGAAUUUCUUCGGUGCCACAGGCUCCACCAUGGCUGGGGUGGCCGGCGUGGGCUCCCCAACCAUUACUGUGGCCAUGCCAGGGGUGCCUGCUUUUCUGCAAGGCAUGACAGAUUUCCUUCAGGCCACACAGAUGGGAGCAGCUCCUCCACACCCUCCUGAACAGAGUCCCCCUCCUCCUCCUCCUCCUCCUCAACCAGAGGCCACUCCACCCACGCCGCCUCCCCCCUCCACUCCCCAAAGUGGAACGGAUGCCCCUUCUGGAAGUGUGGGAGGCAGUGGGCUUCGCGGAGGGGCCUCCUCAGCUGACGCCCCACCCCCUGAGUUUUUCACCAGCGUCGUCCAAGGGGUCCUGUCAUCCAUGAUGGGCUCACUCAGUGCACAGCAGUGCAGCACCGAGAGCAUCGCUGACUUCAUCCAGCGCCUGAGCGGGACCAGUAACAUCUUUGAGCCGGGCACAGAGGGGGCCUUGGGCUUCUUUGGAGAUCUGCUUUCCCUGAUCUGUCAGAACUUCUCCAUGGUUGACAUGGUGAUGCUGCUACACGGGCAGUUCCAGCCCCUGAAGCGGAUCCAGCCCCAGCUCAACCGGUUCUUCCGGGAGGAGUAUCUUCAUGGUCAAGAGCCCACCGACCGCAACAUCCAGAUGGCCACUUACAAUUUGAUCAACGGUUUGGAGGACUACAUCCGCGAGAGCUUUGCUUCUGUCCGCGUUCGUGAUGGCGUCGACAUCACCCGCACCAAUCUGGAGUUCUUGCAGGAGCAGUUCAACCGCAUUGCUACACACAUCCUCCGCUGCACCGAUAACACCUUUGGGUAUCGGCUGCUGGAGCUGUGCAACCAGGGCCUGUUUGAGUGUUUGGCUUUGAACCUCUACUGCUUGCGGGGGGAGCAGGGCGCCCUGACAGCCGUCAUCAACGACCGCAUUAGGCGGAUGUCGGCAGACAUGAACCCCUCCUUGGUGAGCUGGCUCACCACCAUGAUGAGCAUGCGCUUGCAGGUCAUUCUGGAGCACAUGCCAGUCACGGAAGAGCAGGUCCUUCAGUACGUCCGCAGGGUGGGCGAUCCUCCGCAGCCUGCUCCAGAAGAGCCUAUGGAUCUCCAGACUGUGGAACAGGCUCCGGAAACUUUGCAGUGUGACAGCGUGGCUUCCCCAGCCCCGGCCACAACGGCAGAAGAGGCCAUGCCCCAGCAGCACAGGGAGCCGGAGCACGAGGAGCCCCAACAGGCAGAGCCCCCCGCCCCAGAGGCAGAGCCCUGGGCUGCUGCUGUGCCCCCCGUGAGUGCCUUGGGAUGGGCAGCGGGUAGAGGAAUGAGGGCUCCCGAAGGCUCACCACUCUACCUUUUCUGA